AUGAAUAAACUCAAUUUUGUAUCAUGUGUUUCAUGGAUACCGAAGGGAGUGGCGAAAGAAGUUCCCAAUCGAAUUCAAAUGUCGAAAGAAGAUAUUCAAAUGAAGAUUGAGCAAAACAAACAACAGCUUCGGCAAAUUGAUCCAGAAAGUGUUGACGAAGACAUGGAUCAAGAUGUGGAAAAUGAAAACGUAUCUGCAGAGGAGAGACAAAUCAUAGAUCGUUAUAAUUUGAACGACUACGACGAUGAUGACGAUGAUACUGCUCUGAACCACAGCGAACUUGUUGUUUUUACCGACAACAAUCAAGAUCCCUAUCUGAACAAUGAAGAGGAGUUUUCAGACGUACGAAAAUUGUGA